AUGAAGGUCACCGCCGCCGCCGCCUUGGCAGUCCUCUCCGGACUCGUCGAGGCUAUUCCCCAGCCUCAGGUCUUGGCCCCGGGCAACCUGGACCCGUUCCCGUUCCCGAACGGCCCCGACUUCCCCGCUCCUCCCCAGGACCCGCCCCGCUUCACCCCGACGGCCCCGGUCUCCCCCGUCCUCCCGCCCGUCAUUCUCCCUCCUCUCACCAGGACCGAGACCCGGAUCGUGACGACCCGCGGCCGGGAGAUCACCCGGACCCGCGUGGUGACGCUCCCUUGCACCACCUCCACGAAGCCUACCCCGUGCACUACUUCCUCCAAGAAGACGACCACGCCCUGCACGACUUUGAAGAAGAGCACGACUCCCUGCACUACGUCGAAGCCCAAGACCACUCCCUGCUCUACUUCCAAGAAGACGACCACGCCUUGCACUACUUCGAAGCCUAAGACCACUCCUUGCUCAACUUCUUCUAAGAAGACCACCACGCCUUGCACUACUUCCAAGAAGACGACUACUCCUUGCACUACCUCCACCAAGAAGACUACCACUCCUUGCACUACCUCGAAGCCCAAAACCACUCCUUGCUCAACCUCUUCCAAGAAGACGACCACUCCUUGCACUACCUCGAAGCCCAAGACCACUCCUUGCUCAACCUCUUCCAAGAAGACGACCACUCCUUGCACUACUUCCAAGAAGACCACCACUCCUUGCACUACCUCCACCAAGAAGACCACUACUCCUUGCACCACUUCGAAGCCCAAGACAACUCCUUGCUCAACCUCUUCUAAGAAGACGACUACUCCUUGCACCACCCCCAAGCCUAAGACGACCACUCCUUGCCCCUCGUCUUCGAAGAAGAUUACCAGCAGCAGCAAAAAGAUCACCAGCAGCAGCAGGCGCCACAACACCACCAACCCCUGCACGACGCUGACCCGCAGCCGUACCAGCACCGCCAUCGUCAUUCCUCCUCCCGUCACCACCUCCAUCAGACGCCACCGCACCACAACCGCGGUUGUCUCCGUCUCUUCUCAGAAGGGUACUCCGGUGCCUCCGGCUUCCACCCCGUGCCCCACCGUCACCCGUCACCGCCAACAGAACACCACCGUCACCGGGGCUAGCCCUCCCACCGCUCCGGCUGUUCCUCCCAUGCAGCCUCCUGCCCAGCCGCCCGCUCAACCUCCUUCUCAGCCUCCGGCUCAACCCCCCGCGCAGCCGCCUACUCAACCUCCUUCUCAGCCGCCCGCUCAACCUCCUGCCCAGCCGCCCGCUCAACCUCCUUCUCAGCCUCCGGCUCAACCUCCGGCUCACCCUCCCGCUCUUCCUCCGUCUCAUCCUCCUUCUCAGCCGCCCGCUCAACCUCCUUCUCAGCCUCCGGCUCAACCUCCAGCUCAACCCCCCGCGCAGCCUCCCGCUCAACCCCCAGCUCAACCUCCUACGCAACCCCCCUCUCAGCCGCCCGCGCAACCUCCUUCUCAGCCGCCCGCUCAACCUCCUGCCCAGCCGCCUGCUCAACCCCCUGCUCAGCCUCCGGCCAGCUCCCCGAGCAAGGUCGCCACCGCUGGCAGCAGCAACCUCCAGGCGUCCUUCGCCCCGGCGGCCGUCAUCGCCAUUGCCAUUGGCUACGCUUUCGUCUAA